GCCUGCCGCUGGAGAAGCGCAUGCGCAGAAGCCCGUCUUCGCAACAAGAUCAGAAGGAGCCGCCAGUGAGACGGGAGUAGUCGCCGCACUAAAACACCGUCUUUCUUCCACUAUGUCUGAGUUCGACAGCAACCCCUUCGCUGACCCCGUGGACGUGAACCCCUUCCAGGAUGUCUCUGUCACCCAAGCCACCAGUGGAGCCACUGAGAGCAUCGGGGGCUAUAACCCAUUCUCUUCCACUGAAAUGACAAAGUACUCUGGAACCACCAUCCCCAUCUCUGCAGCCUCCUCCCAGCCCGCCGUUCUGCAGACGUCUGUAGAGCAGAGCCCACAAGCCACAGCAGCAGCUGCUCAGGCUAAGCUGGAGAAGCAGCAGGAGGAGCUGGAGAAGAAAGCAGCUGAGCUGGAGCGAAAGGAGCAGGAGUUGCAGAACAGAAAUGCAAGGAGCACUGGAGGAGAUAAAGAGAACAACUGGCCGCCUCUCCCAAAGUUCUGCCCCGUGAAACCCUGCUUCUAUCAGGAUUUCGAGGAGGAGAUUUCUGAGGACUACCGCCAAAUUUGCAAGAGAAUGUACUACCUUUGGAUGUACCACAGUGCCACUCUCUUCCUGAACGUGUUGGCCUGCCUAGCUUACUUCACAGCAGAUCCUGCUUACGGUGUGGACUUUGGCCUGUCCAUCCUUUGGUUCAUGCUCUUCACCCCUGUGUCCUUCAUCUGCUGGUACAGACCGGUCUACAAGGCCUUCAGGUCUGACAGCUCCUUCAGCUUCUUUUUCUUCUUUUUUGUCUUUUUCUUCCAAGUUGUAGUGUACGUUAUCCAAACAGUUGGGAUUCCCAAAUGGGGAAACAGUGGAUGGAUCUCAGCGAUCAGCAUGAUCAGGACAAACUUGGCGGUCGCUGUAGUUAUGAUGGUCGUGGCCGGCUUCUUCACUGUAAACGCCAUUCUGGCGAUCAUCCUGCUGAAAAUGGUCCAUAGUAGGUACAGAGGGACGGGAGCCAGCUUCACCAAGGCCCAGCAGGAGUUCUCCCAGGGAGUCCUGACCAGCAGGACCUUCCAGGGCGCUGCAGCCACUGCAGCCACCUCUGCUGCACAGGGAGCUUUUGGCAGGAGUCAGGGAAACUGAAGCACAGCUUCCUGCCCCACCUCAGUAUCACAGGCCUGAAGAGAGAUUUUCAGGUUAACUAAGGUCAACGUGAUGAAAUGAGAUGAUUCUUUUUUUUGAUUUUUUGUUUUUUUUGUUAUGGAUGCAUAUGGAUUAUUUGUUAAUCCCAGUUGUCCUUUUAAGUAGUCUAGCAAAAAACCCUCUAUUUUAAAGUUCAUGUUUGUUUAAUUUCUUCAUUAAUGAAGUAUCAUGUUUAUUUACAGUUUCAAACAAAACCCAAUUGACCUGGGCAUGACUUAUUGCACACUGUAGGCUUAACCAAGUUUAGAUUUGGAAUAAUUACUGUUACAUUUGUUUUCACAUUUGUAAAUGUCUUAUUUAAUAAGGCAAUCGAGAUCAUUGAAGGUGGUGGGAUGAAGGUCUUUGCUCUGAUUUCACUGGCUUAUUCUGUUUUAAUGAAGUGACGCUGAAGGGGAUUGUUUGUUUUUGAAUUAUUAUUCAUAUUUGGUAGUAAAGAAAAUCAUGUUGAUCAUUUUAAGUAGUAUUUUCUGUGAUGACAAAGACCAUGAAGUCUAAUGGAUAUGCAACGUUUGUCUUUUUAAAGGAGCAGAAAGAACAAUAUGUAGUAAUGCUUCAGGCUUUGACUGCUUGCAGGUUUUUGGCGUUUUAAGGUUUUACUGUAAAGAUAUGUCCCAGUGGUUUAAACUGUUGAAAAGGUAACCGAUCUUUAAGCAGGUAUUAAAGUGUUUCGUCAGUCUCUUUUAUAGAUUUUUGUUUUGGUGAAGUUUCUCUGUCUUAAUCUGAAUGUGUAUGAAGAUGUACAGAUUUGCAACAUAUUUAAAUGUCUUUAUAGGAUGGGAAAUUUGAUUUAUGCCCUAUUAAACUAUUUAAGAACA